AACCGCGGCGGCUUCAGUGCGUCCGCCGCACCGCUAGGGGGCAGCGCAGACUGACGGAGGACUCCGAGCCAGAGGGAGCGAGAUUCGGAUCUGCGCGGAGCCUGCACCCCGAGCAUCCUGGAGCCCAGCUUCAACAUAGCUGACCCUGAGCUCCAACCUGGCCAAGCUGACCCAGGAUCCUGCACACCAGCCAGAGCUGACCCUGAGCCCCAGGCUAGCUGAGCUGACCCCGGGUCCUGCAUGCCAUCCAGAGAUGACCCUCAGUCGUGGCUCGACUGAGCUGACCUUGGAUCCCGCACUCCAGCCAGAGGAGACCCCCGCCCCCAGCCUGGCUGAGCUGACCCUGGAGCCUGUGCAUCGCCGACCUGAGCUCCUGGAUGCCUGUGCCGACCUCAUCAAUGAGCAGUGGCCCCGCAGCCACGCCUCCCGCUUGCACUCCUUGGGCCAGUCCUCAGACAACUUCCCCCUCUGCCUCAUGCUGCUGAGUCCCCACCCUGUGCCAGGGAAGGCUCCCAUCGUGGUGGGGCAUGCCCGCCUGUCGCGGGUGCUAGACCGGCCCCAGAGCCUCCUGGUGGAGACCGUGGUGGUGGCCCGGGCCCUGAGGGGCCGUGGCUUUGGCCGCUGCCUCAUGGAGGGCCUCGAGGUCUUUGCUCAGGCCCGGGGCUUCCACCGGUUACACCUCACCACCCAUGACCAGCUGCACUUCUAUGCCCACCUUGGCUACCGGCUGGGUGAGCCUGUCCAGGGCCUGGUCUUCACCAGCCAACGGCUGCCCGCUGCUCUGCUCAGUGCCUUCCCCAGGGCCCCUUCCCCAUGGCCACCCUCCAAGACCCCUAGCCUGACUGCCCAAGCUGCCUCAAGAGCCCCCAGAGGGCCAUCAUUGCCGCCACCCCCUCCGCUGCCUAAGCCCUUGACCGCCUCACCGCCCGCUCCACAAAGCCUGCUAGAGACACAGUACCACGACCUGAGAGGACGGCCCAUAUAUUGGAUGCAGAAGGAUAUCUGAGGGCCGUCUAGGGCAAGGCACUGUCUUUCUGGUUCAGUGGACUCCCCAAGACAGUCCCAGCCUCAGCCCCUGGCCCCGGGGCGCAGCUCUAGCUCGGCCGGGUCUCCCGGGUGCCAGUGGGGCCGGACGAGGACGGCUCCCUCCCUGGCUGUGGCUCUGAGCUGUCUGUGCGGCUGAAUAAAGGCUUCUUUUGGGUGUG